AUGGCGGAAAACCGAGAGCCCCGCAGGGCCAUCGAGGCUGAGCUGGACUCGGUGGAGUAUACCCUUCGGAAGCGGCUCCCCCACCACCUGCCCCGGAGGCCCAAUGACAUUUAUGUCAACAUGAAGACUGACUUUAAGGGCCAGUUGGCCCGCUGCCCAAAGCUUCUGGACGGAGGGGCUCGGGGUCAGAAUUCAUGCAGUGUGAUCUACAUUCAUGACUUGGGCCUGGCAAUCAAUCGUGCCAUCAACAUUGCCCUACAGCUUCAGGCAGGCACCUUUGGGUCCUUGCAGGUGGCUGCCAAUACCUCCACCGUGGAGCUUGUCGAUGAAUUGGAACCAGAGACUGAUACACGAGAGCCGCUGACCCGCAUCCGCAACAACUCGGCCAUCCACAUCCGGGUCUUCAGGGUUGCACCCAAGUAA